UGUUGGAAGGUGGAACCCUAAGAUGUAAAUUAAGUUAUGAAGCGCGUAGAGAUGCAAAGUCUGGGACGAAACCAUUGGCCUCCGUCUUAGACUUACCAAAACCCCUUAUCACAAAUCAAAAAUCACCACACUGAGUCACACCUUGAAAGAAAGUAACAACAGUUUCCGUUUCCGUUUCCGUUUGCGAUUCCACACCUUCCACGGAGCAAUAACUGAGAAUCCCCUAGUGGCUACUUCUUCUUCUUCGCCCUGCUUUCGUUUUUAAUUCAUUCAAUUUCCUUUUUCUUAUUCAAUAAUGGCCACCGACGCUAGGGCCAAGUUCCAGAACCCAGAAUUCCGCCCCGAUUUCCACGCCGACUUAACGGUCUCAGCUCACGACGGUCUCCACUUCUGGCAGUUUAUGAUCGCCGGAUCCGUCGCCGGCUGCGUCGAGCACAUGGCCAUGUUCCCCGUUGACACCGUCAAGACCCACAUGCAGGCCCUGGGCUCCUGCCCCGUCAAAUCCGUCACCGUCCGUCGGGCCCUAAGCUCUAUUCUCCAAUCCGAGGGCCCGUCCGCUCUCUACCGCGGCAUCGGUGCCAUGGGCCUCGGCGCCGGCCCGGCCCACGCCGUCUACUUCUCCGUCUACGAGACCUGCAAGCGCCGCUUCUCCGAUGGAAACCCUAACAACGCCGCCGCGCACGCCGCCUCCGGCGUCUGCGCCACCGUCGCCAGCGACGCUGUGUUCACGCCCAUGGACAUGGUCAAGCAGAGGCUGCAAUUGGGGAACAGCGGCUACAAGGGGGUGCUGGACUGUGUCCGGAGGGUCACCGCCGAGGAAGGGCUCAGGGCGUUCUACGCCUCUUACAGGACCACCGUGCUCAUGAACGCGCCGUUCACCGCCGUGCAUUUCGCCACCUAUGAGGCCGCCAAGCGCGGCCUCAACGAGGUCUCGCCGGGGAGCGGCGACGACGAGCGGUUGGUGGUGCACGCCACCGCCGGGGCUGCUGCUGGUGCUUUGGCUGCCGCGGUUACCACGCCGCUUGAUGUUGUGAAAACUCAAUUGCAGUGUCAGGGUGUUUGCGGUUGUGAUAGGUUCCAAAGUGGUUCAAUUGGGGAUGUUAUUAAAACAAUAGUGAAAAAAGAUGGAUACAGAGGGCUUAUGCGAGGGUGGAUUCCAAGGAUGCUCUUUCAUGCUCCUGCAGCUGCUAUUUGCUGGUCUACAUAUGAGGCCGGAAAGUCCUUUUUCCAAGAUUUCAAUCAGCAGAGAGACAUUGGCACUGUCACCUAAAUAACAGUUAGAAUAUUCAUCAUUCUUCGGUUCCUUUAUAGAUGAUUCUGUUGUCAAAAAAUGAUAAAUGCUACAAACGGGGGCUGAGCUAGCGAACCUUUUCAAGUUUUGGGUUCUAACCCCAAAUAAUAUACAGAACGCACCGGAUUAACCUACGAAUGGAGAACUUAUUAUCUUGUACACACAGUCAGUUUUAAUUAUGAUUUUUUCCCCUGGAUUAGCCUUUUGCUAGUUUCAUUUAGACAGAACAUAUUAUUCCAUGAAAACACCACAAGAAAUUUUUUCCUUAGUUUCAUGCAGCUGUAAGUUUUAAUUAUGUGAAAGAUUAUUUGAUAUUCUGAAAAUUAAGGGUUUUCAUUUGAUGUCAUAAA